CCCCGGGCACCUGGCGGGUCUCAGGGAGCCCUGCAUGGUGUCGUGCACGUGUGUGUCUCGGCCGUGGUGCGGGUCCGGGCGGCAGGGUGCGGACAAGAAGGCCUCUUCCCUGGUCCACUGGCUGGCCCCGUGGCGUCCUCUCCGCUGCCUUCCUGGCAGCACGUGACCCCGCUGGUGAGCCCGUCCUCCUGGCAAGGCUCGGGGCCGGGCCGCACGCCCCCAGCUCCCCGGGCCACUCCUGCACCUUGGCCUCCGUGGCUUGCCCCAGGCUUGUGAGCCCCACGUUUUUUGGCUGGCCAGGGUUCCAGAGCCCCGGCCUCUGUCUACCCCGUCCAGGGCUCCUGCAUCACACCCCGAAACACGUGUGUGGGCCCGGGUUCAUCCCUUCCUUGCUCCCUCUUCCACUGUGGACACACUGCAGCCACGUGGCCACUGCGGGGACACCGUGGACAGAGUGUGUCCCAACCAGACCUUUAACUCCGCCUCCUCCCAUUCCGGGUCCAGUGCGCGCGCCCAGACCCCCGAGCCUGCGCUCGGCUCCGCGGCCGGCCUCGUCACUGUCCCUCUCGGCGUCUCUUGCGUGUGUUCACGUCUUGUCCUCUCCGUCCCCGGCCCAGAGCACGCCGUCCGCUGGCGUUGGCUGCUGUGCUGAGACCGGUGUCCUGGUCGUGUCACGGGACCACGGGCUGGGGCUCGGUUGGGGUGUGGGGAGAAGGGGGGGGGGAGGUUUCCCCUUCCUCAGGCCAGCCCAAUGGCUUCUCCUCCUGUGGUCGUCCCCGCACUGUGGUGUUCCAGAGUCUUUGUCAGACCCGAGGUCUCCGCGCUUGCUCCUUGGUGUCUUCCGGUGGCUGUUUUAGGAGCAGGGCCGAGAGGCUGAGGUUGGCACCUGGGUCCUUUCCUUCUGCAUGUGGAGCCCCGUGGUUUCAGCCGGAGCUUGCAGGCUCCGCCCUCGCACACCGCUGUCCGUCCGUGCCGUCCCGCUGCCGUGGCUCUGUCUGUCCGUCCGUGCCGUCCCGCUGCCGUGGCUCUGUCCGUCCGUGCCGUCCCACUGCCAUGGCUCUGUCUGUCCGUCCGUGCCGUCCCGCUGCCGUGGCUCUGUCUGUCCGUCCGUGCCGUCCCGCUGCGUGGCUCUGUCUGUCCGUCCGUGCCGUCCCGCUGCCGUGGCUCUGUCUGUCCGUCCGUGCCGUCCCACUGCCGUGGCUCUGUAGCAAGUCUACUCAGGCGCCACCCACCUGUCUUCUGACCUGGCUCUCCUUCCAUGCCGUGUCGCCGACUUGGGGGCUUUCCCGUCCCCAGAUAAGCCAGGGCGGGGGGUGGCGGGCCAGAGUCUGUGCCGGCGUGUGGGGACAGCUCAUGUCCAGAUAGGGUCGCGUCUUUCUGCCUCCGACGCAGCCUGCUCUCCCUCACCGACGUCAGUCGCCAGGCUUUUGUAGUCUGCCUCCCGUAGAUCUCACACACGUUUUGUUAGCGUUACCUAGAAGUCUGUCUGUCUGUCUUGGUGCGUGUAUGAACAAUACUGGCUUUAAUUUCAAAUCCGCAUGUCAGUUGCUGGUUUGUAGGAAGGCAGUCGGCUUCUGCCGUGUGUUCACAUACGACGACGCCCCUAUCUUAGAGUGGUGUUGUAGUGGCUUAUCAGUUCCACGUGUGCUUUUCUGAAUUCGUUCAGAUUUCCUGCGUAGACGAUCCUGUCAUUUGCGAACAGAGGUGGUGUCACGUCUCCUUCUCGGUCUGUGUGUGUUAUUUCUCCUGUCUGUUGCACAAGCCGGUGUAACAUUGGUAUGGCCGGGACGCUAGCGAGGGACACCGUGGCCUGUUCCCGAGCUUCCUGGAAAGCAGUGACUUUCCCAUCACGGAGGGGAUGUGAGUCGGCAGGUGUUUCGUGGGCGUUCCGGACCGAGCAGACACGUUUCGCUCCGUUCUGGCUGGGCUGGGGAUCCUCACCGUGCAUGGCGCUGGCGUCUGUUAAAUGCCUUUCCCGAGUGUGUUGGCACAUCCCUGCCAGUGUGGCAAGCGCAGGGGUCCUCCGUGGCUGGGGGUCCUGCCCGGUCGUGGCGUGGGUGGUUUUCACACGGUGCGGGAUUUCCGCUCCACACCUGCGUUGUGGGGAGCGCUUGCAUCGGCGUCCCCCAGGGCUCCCGGCCGGGAGCUCUCCUCCCCUGUGACGUCCUCGGGUGCGGGGUGCUGGCCCCGUGGGGGUGGAGGUGCGCCCUCUGCUUCUGUUCUGUGUUUCCGGGGCCAGGACAUGCGCAGGCAUGGUGGGGCCUGCUUCGCUUCCCUGCGUCCUGGUGCAGUUUCUUCUGGAGCUCUCUGCCCCGCACCUGCGGCUCCUGGGGUCAGCCAUUUGGGCUGAGCCUGCAGAAGUCCAGUGGGUUUCCAUUUCUAGGAGCUUCUUCCCACGUCUCCUCUGCAGACUGCAGCCCUGGGCAGACCUUCUGAGACGUGGGAUUUUGCAUCUUCAAGGGCUUUUCAUUCCUGGUGAGGGCGCCGCACCCUGAGGAGCGGCCCCCAGUGCAGUCAGUGCGGCCCACUUGCAGCCUCGGGCAGCUCCUGGGGGCGGGGGCCAGGGCGGGGGCCAGGCUGGGCCGCUGCCUGCUGCCCACUGCCUGCCUGCUUCCCUCUCUUGGCUCGGUGUAGGGUCAGUGGUUGGCACGCGGGCGGACAGGAGGGGCCCCCCUCAUUCCUUGGGUCUGGCGUGAGGCAGAGCGCUCGCUGGCCCCGCCGCGGCCCCUGCGGGGUGGCUGCAAAAGGAAUUCAGCUCAGAGGACACUCAGGCACGACCUUGGCCGUGGAUGUGUGGAGGAAGCUGGCCGAGCCUCUGCCGUGUGUUCUCUUUCCAGAGGGCGUCCUGCAGCGCCGGCCCCGCGGCUGUGGGAGCCUGUGGUGACGGGGAGCGCCCACGUUUGGCGGACACUCAUGUCCCGGGUCUGUGAGGCCUUCCCAGCCGCAUUCUGUGGCUUUGACCAGGCGUCUCGUUGGCGGACAGACAGUCCUGCUCCGUUGAUCAAGAACCUAAGAGGAGGCAGCCAACAGGGGUCUAAAAAUAGCUCCGUGGCUUCUCCAAGCCCCACAGCCUGCUUCUUCGGCCAAGGCUCCCCGUGUGGCACCGCCUCCUCUGUGUCCUCCCGCCUCCGCAGAGGUCCCCCCGAGGCUCCACCUACCAGCCUCGGCCCCGCCUCCCUGUCCUGCAGUCCCGCAGUGCCCGGCGCCAGGCCCUCCCUGCCACCACGUGCCUCCUCCCGUCAGAGCCCCCGUGCCCUCCUUCCCUUGGCUUCUGCCUGCGGGGUGAAGGGUGCCCCCUCCACCUGGGAGACGCUCUGUCCGGCUCCCUGCCCAGGCGGACGUCCAGGCCCCCAGAGGCCCCUUAACACAGUAGCCGGGCUGUUCACAAUGAGCCCCAUACGCUGUGGGCACCUGGCAAUGGGCUUGGCCCUCAGCGGGUUGCAGGCAUCGAGGGUGUGUCACCUGGGGUCGCUGUGGCCUCGUGGAGGUGCCACGGCAGGGAGGGUGUCCGCAGACCGGCCUGUGCAGAGGUGCUUCCUGCACUCGGGCCUCUCUCUCCAGGACGUGCGCGGGGCCUCCCCCUGGGCACCUGCCACCCUUCCAGCGUUGUUGAUGUCACCAUGGUGCACGUGUGGCCCUUGGGGUGACUGGGCCACGUCCGCUGGGGCCCCCUGCAUCUCAGACGUGCUGGCCCACCUCCCCUUUGGUCUUGGGCUGGGUUGGGUCACCGGCAGGCUGGUGCUGCCAGGAGACGGGGCCUGGUGGUUCGGCCGAGCCAUGCUGCAUCUGUGGACUUGGGGCUACUCCUGGGUGGGUGCGCUGAAUGCCGGGGCCUGCCCGUUGCCCCCCGACUCUGGCUGGGGCAGACCUCGGUCUCUUCAUGCUCAGGCGCUGUGCUCUUUUCCCACGACAAGAGCAUGUAUGCUUGGUGCGGGGAUGUGCACGGCCUCCAGGAGCAUGUCUGGGGCGAGCUGUGGGGCUGAGGGGCCCAGGCACCUGCCUGCCGGCCCAGGGUCUCUGCCAGGGGUGGUCAUGGGCUCCGACACCCUCUGCGCCAGUGCGUGCCCAGGACCUUCUCCGUGUCUUCCCAUUCCGUCACACGUGGAGGUCUGCCUGACCCUGGAGCCAUUCACGGGGUCCCAGGGCAGGGGCACAGGAAGGCCACACACCUUCCCAACGGCACAGCCACUGCAGCCGGCGCCCUUCUUCUGAGGCUCACAGCCUGCCUGUGCCCAGAGCAGAGCCACGGUAGGGCCGGGCGAGCAGAGCCCGAGCCAGCGGCCGUUCUCUGGCCUCAACCCAGCAGUGCUGCUCCGGCCUGAGCUGCGUGGCCUGGAUAGGGAGCCGCCAAGGAGAGGGAGGCCGCCUGGAGAAGUGCCUGAAGGCAUCUGUGUCUGUCCUAGGCCCAGGUGCGGGGAUGUACCGGGAGGACGUUAGGGCCCAGCAGGCGGUUGUCCCCAAGGCCAUGGUUUGGACAGAGGACAGAGGACAGAAAGCAAAAUGAGCUCAUGGUGGUGGUGGGGGGGGACACCAGGCAGGAGCUUCCAGAGCCCUCUCCCGGGGUGUCCCACAGGACACGCUUAGUUCCCCCCAAACGAGACAGCGCCGUGCGUGUGUGCUGUGGUCUCCAGGGGCUGGCAGAGACCCAGCUCCGGGUUCUCCACGGGGUCGGUCUCGCGGGCUCAUCUGCCGACUCGGGGCGGGGAGCAGGUGCUCAGCCCGAGCCUCGCGUCCGCACAGACAGUUCAGGGACCAGAGACCCCAGCAGUGAGGCUGGCCGGAGCCCGCAGUCCGGUUCCAGAUGCCGUGGAGGGCCAGACUCGCAAGCGGCCGGUGGGGAGGGCGGGCUCUGACCGUCAGUGCGAGCUCUCUCUCACGUGCGCUGCAGACUCGAGUCAUUCCCGGGGCCUGGCAGGACUGUUCUCAGGAGUGUGGCAGAUUUAGGAAGUUCCACAGGAGGGGAGAGGAUUCAGAGUUGGGACAGCUGGGGUGUGGGCAGCCCCCCACAAUGCCCGAGCACGCUUGGGUGGACUGCCCUCUGCCCUGGAUCAGCGGCGCUCACCGGAGACUGGGCCGUCUCUGCUCAGCGUCUUCUGUCUGUUUCUGAGCGACAGCAGGCCCAGUGCCUUGCUGGACUCCUGCUGUCUUCAUGAGGGAAGUGGGGGUUCCGGGUCACCUUGCGGCACUCAUCAGGGUGCAGGUGAGGCCAGUCACUGGCCCCACCCUCCCCUGGCCCCCACGAUCCCUCGUUCCCGUCCAUGGAGAAGCCUGGUCUGGACGUGUCACACGUGUGAACUCACACCCCACGUGGCCUUCUGUGUUUGGUUUCCUCCCCGCGCGUUAUGGGCUUGGGGUCUGUCUCUGGGGCUGCGCGUGGGCUUCUAGCUCCUGUCUGUGGCCGGGGGUCGCUCCUGCGCAUGGGGAUGCGCUGAUGGGUGUCUCUGUCGUCUGCUCUUCGGAAUCUGGCCGCCGAGACCGGGCAGGUGCAGGCUUUGCAGGGACACACGGUCUCGCUUCUCGGCGUAUGCGGAGGUGGAGUGCGGUCGUGUUUUGAAGAAUGAUAACAUCAGGCAUGUAGGUUUGCUGAAUGCCCCAGUUUGGGGCACCUCGGUCCGCAGGCUCUUGGAGGCCCCGUGUUAGUGUGCUGGGCCACGCCACACAGAGAGCUCUGCCCUGGUGUCGCUCGGUGCGUAGGUGCCUCCUGAGGGCACGACCACUGUUCCCUUUGGUAGCCCCGGCCGGCCAGCCCACUCCUGUCCAGAACUGCCGGCAGGCUGGGAACCCCAUGUGGCUGCGUCCCCAGCUGGCUCUGGGUGGCUCCAUGGUGCGUCCUCUGCUGGGGCUGGAGCUUCCCUGAGCCGCCGCCGGCCUGAUCCCAGAUCCUCCCCUCAUCAGUGACUGCGCUCCUGUCUCCUGUCUCCGGUUCUCUGCGCGGGUGGGCGGGGCGCGAAGCCGGCCGAGGCCCCGGUCGACGGAGGCCCCGGCUGGCCGAGGCCCCGGUCGACGGAGGCCCCGGGUCAGCCUCUGCCGG